GACGCGGACGAGGGAAAGUGGAAACCAAACGAAGAAGCCGAAGCCUGAAAGUGCUGAAUAUGGCAGGUCCUGGCGGUUCAUCCGUUCCGUCCCCAGCUCCUCCCCCUCCCAAGAUACUCCUAGCCAAGCCUGGCCUUGUCACCGGUGGCGCUCCUGCAGGCAAAUUUGGACGCAACAGCGGCGGCGAUGAAGAAGCUGCCUCCCUUCGUUCCCGCGUGCUACCUUCCCUCAAUCUCCUCUCCGAUUCAUGGGACUUCCACAUCGAUCGCUUUCUCCCCUUUCUGACGGAGAACACCGAUUUCACUGUGGUCGGGGUGAUAGGUCCACCGGGGGCCGGCAAGUCCACCAUCAUGAAUGAGCUUUAUGGCUUCGACGGCGCCUCACCUGGGACGUUGCCACCGUUUGCUGUGCAGUCUGAAGAUACAAGAGCAAUGGCAAAGCACUGUACUACUGGCAUUGAGCCGAGAGUUUCUGCUGAGCGCCUUAUUCUUCUCGAUACUCAGCCAGUUUUUAGUCCUUCAAUAUUGGCUGAGAUGAUGAAGCCAGAUGGUUCAUCCACCAUUCCAGUUUUAGGUGGUGAACCUCUGUUUGCAGAGUUGGCUCAUGAGCUCAUGGCAAUUCAGCUUGGCGUUCUACUGUUGUCCAUUUGCCACAUCGUGUUGGUUGUAUCAGAGGGAGUUCAUGAGAGCAGCGUGUGGCAUUUAAUGGCAGCGGUUGACAUGUUGAAACAUGGUAUUCCUGACCCAUCAUCACAUGUAUCUUCCCAAUUCCAGAGCACUAAUCUGGUGUUUGAGAAUGAUAAAGUUUUGGGAGGUGAAGAAUACAUGGCAGCUCCAAUUUUUGUGCACACAAAGUUGCAGGAUCAAGAGAUGAAUCCAUGCAAUGUUUUGAAAGUUGGGGAAGCUCUUUCACGACAUUGCAGCUCAUCGUCAUUCAUGAGGGUAAAAGGUAGCAAGGCAGCAAAUCUUCCAAGGGGUGAGGACAUAAAAUCAGAGUCAACACUGGCCAAUUUGUUUUUGAUUCCUCUCAAGAACAAGGAUGACUCCUCGGGAUCUCCAUACGAAAGCUAUGUUUCUGCUCUAUGGAAGCUGAGGGAUCAGGUUUUAUCAAUGAGUGGCCCCUCCUUUUCCAGGACUGUAUCAGAACGGGAUUGGUUGAGAAAUUCUGCGAAGAUAUGGGAGUUAGUGAAGAAUUCUCCAGUUAUCGCCGAGUAUUGCAGGAUGCUACAAACUGUGGGUAUUUUUAGGAGGUAGCUGCAGCUCCUUGAAUAGCUGAUAUCAGAGAAUGAGUAAUGCGGGCAUUUUUAGGAGGUAGCUGCAGCUCUUUGCAUAGCUGAUAUCAGAGAAUGAGAGUUGAGACUGAAAAUGCAUCCUCGGGCCCGCAUUUCAGAAUAAGUCCGGCCUUUCAUAUGGCUGAUGCUGUUUUAAAAUGUUCUUCCGUGCCUGGUGUUUUCUGGGUUAGGUGAUAGUCGUUUUAUUUUAAUUUACCGUCUUAUUGCCUGCAAGGGAGGAACCUCUUGAGAGUGCGACUCGGACGUUUACUUCCCUA